AUGGCCGGUCUCUCUCCCUGGUGCCCGCUGCAGAGCUUCAGGACGCAGGCAGAGCUCAUCUUCUCCGCGGCCGUGGAGGCGUGUUUGGCGUCUUAUCUGCGCCCUGGGCCCUGCUGCGGCCCCCGGGACCAGUCGGAUUUGAAGAUGGUUUUGGAGUUCGUUCUGAGAGAAGCUCUGAGGAAACUCUGCUCCAUCGUUCGACUUCUGCUGGAGGAGAGGAGUCUGUGCGCUGCUCCCGCUGUCAACCAAUCAGCAUCAAUCACGCGCCCCGUCUUCGUCAUCAGCCAGCCAAUCAGAGAGAAGAUCACCGUCCAGCUUCUGCCAAUCACAGAGCGGGAUACUGACGAGGAUCCUCCAAUCACAGAGCCGCAAGGCCAGAACGCUGUGACAUCACUUCCAUCAGCGGACAAAGAUAAACAGGGGGCGCUGGAGGUCAGUGAGACGCCGUCUGAGACACCGGUGGAGGACGAGCGUGAGGCAGAGCGUAGACGCCGCAGGGAGUUGUACAAACACAAGCGUUUCUUCUGCUCCGUUUGCGAUCGCGGUUUCCACCAGCGCCACCAGCUGCUGAAGCACCAGUCCAGCCACGCCAAGCCCUUCCCCUGCGACCAGUGCCAGAAGGGCUUCUACCGCCAGAGCACACUGCAGAAGCACAUGGUCUACCACCAGCUGCGGGAGCGGCGAGACAAAGACCCAGACCGGCUGUUUCCCUGCGACCAGUGCGAUAAGAAGUUUGUGCUCCUGUCGCGGCUGCGCGCGCAUCAGGCGUCUCACCGUGAGCCGAGCGCCGCGCUCAAGUGCAACCAGUGCGAGCGCGAGUUCACGACUGCAGCCGCUCUGCGCUCGCACAGCGUCACUCACCAGAGAGAGAAACCCUUCAGCUGCGACUUCUGCGGCCGCGGCUUCACCAGGCGGAGGUGUCUGCGUGACCACCUGACGGUCCACACUGGAGCUCGUCCGUUUCCGUGUCAGAUCUGUGGGAAGCGUUUCUCGACAUCAGCGAACCUGAGGAUCCACAGUGUGUCCCACUCGGACCUGAGGCCUCACGCCUGCGCCCUCUGCCCCAAGACCUUCAAGACCAAGAUGGGCCUUUCCCAGCACCGGGCCGUGCACUCCCCCCACAAACCUUUUACAUGUGACCAGUGUGGGAGGAGCUUCGGCCUCAAGUUCAACUUCCAGAGACACGUGAAGAUGCACACGGGGGAGAAGCCCUUCAGGUGUGAGACCUGUGGGCAGACCUUCUCUGGGACCUGGGCGCUGAAGAGCCACAUGCAGAUCCACGGAGAAGAGAAGCGCUUUAUGUGCGACCGCUGCGGGAAAACUUUCCUCUAUAACUGUCAACUGAAGAAGCACCAGGCUCUGCACGACAGAGUCCCCGCCUCUGGUUCGAAGCGCCGCGGCUCUGGGCUCAAAACGUUUGGAUGCAAAACGUGUUUGAAGACGUUCAGCUCCAGCAGCUCCCUUCACUCCCACCAGAAGAGCCACUCUGACCAGGUCUUCAACUGCGACCUCUGCUCCAAGUCCUUCCACCUGCGCCACCUCCACACCAGCCACAUGCGCACGCACACGGGCGAGCGUGCACACAGCUGCCGCUACUGCCACAAAGGUUUCAUCUAUGCCUCUCAGCUGCGCCAGCACGAGCUGCUCCACACCGGAGUGAAGCCGCAUCAGUGCGACCAGUGUGGGAAGGAGUUCCGGACGCCGCAGAACUAUCAGCGCCACCUGCUGGUUCACAGCGGAGAGAAACCGUACGAGUGUCAGAGCUGCGGCCGCCGCUUCAGACAGUCCAACCAGCUUAAGUCUCACAUGCAGAUCCACACUGGGGUCAAACUCUACGUGUGCGAGAGCUGUGGGCAGGGGUACUCUGACUCUAGGCAGCUGAGGAAACAUGUCUGCAGCUGA